AUGGGAAUUGAUCGAAUAAUUAAUAUCGAGACUGCACCCACUCAAUUAAUCAUUUACACAACAAAAGAGGGUCCAUCGGAUCAACUCACAAUUAAGAUUGAAACGAAUCCAAGAAAUGAUCAAAACUCAACCAAUGAAUUUGUUGAUCCAAAGUUUGAGAUUUACGUUCAUCGGAAUGACGAGAGUGGAUCGAAAAAUACGGAAGGGGUAUUUGUGACGGCGAAAUGGUUAAGUGAAAAGAGAAUCGAGGGAUCAUCAUUGUUGAUUCAUGUUUUCGUGAAAUGUGAGCACACAAGUGCAGAUGAAAUCGUUGUGUUGAAAGAUUCGGCGACGGGGAUAACUAUUGAAAUUGCUAUGGAUCAUCGUUUGGAAAUCGAAGAUCUUGAUGGAAAUCAUCAAAUCAAAGCAAAUAUCAUGCCAUUGAAGUGCAGAGAAAUUUGUUGGGAUGUCACCUAUUUGAUGAAUGUUUUGGGACGAAAUUUCUCAAGAUCUUUCAAUCAAACAUGCGAUCAAAUCAAAGGGACAACUGCUACCACUUUUGUUCGACAAUUACAAUCAUAUGAGAUGAUCGAUCAUCAAUUAUUUGUGAAUACAAAAGUUCAUUCGGAGAGUGAAAGUGAUGAGGAGAAAGUGAAAUUGAUUGCAAAGAAUCUCAUCUCGACGUCGAGUGAACCACUUAUUCAAGAAUAUAGG